CACCAUUUUCAAGGGCCCAACUUCCCUCCUCCCUAUAAAUGCUAUCAUCAAUUUCUUGUUUCCUCUGCCUACCGUCUCCUUCACGUCGCCAACUCUUUCUUGUUUUAUAUAUAUAUAUAUAUAUAUAUAGAGAGAGAGAGAGAGAGAGAGAGAUUGAAAAGCAAGAUUUCCUUGCACUGUCUCAAGAAAUGAAGAGACAAAGAAAUACGGAUAGUGAAAAUGUGAAAGCUACAAGGGUCGAAAGUACUGCAGCACCAACAACAAGGAUUACUGCAAUGGGAAAAAGGAAGGGAAAGAAGGCAGUUGGGCAGCAGACAGAAGAGGUGAAGACUAAUGGCGAGGAUUCAAGUCCAAGGAUGGUGGAGAAUUACAUUAAUUGGGGAGAGUUGCCUUGGUUAAGAGGUGCCGUGGAUGAGCAGAUGUCAUGGGGGUCAAUUUGGUUGCCUGUUUGGGAUGUGGAGUACAUGGGCGAGGCUUGCAGUGAAAUGUUCAGUGAUGUUAUUUGGGAUUAUGAUAUUUGGAACUUAAGGAAUAUUAAUGAGAUACCAAAUCCAUGAAUUGUGAUAGAAAAAGAAUUGAGGAAGUGCAGAGAGGGUAGGAAGGUAACACACUUUCAUAAUCACUUCCAGAAUAUUCACCAAAGCUAGUUCAAACUACUUCCUUGGCUGUUCUUAACUUUGUUUACAUUGGGCUUUUUACUUUGCUUUAACCGAUAAUAUAUAUGGUCUAAAAUGCAUUAUAGA